GAUGUGGAUGAUUAAUGAUUUUCAUGCUUUUUCAAGAAUUUGAGAUUGUGAUUUGAAAUCUUACCUGAGACUUCAUAUCACAUUCCAAACGCAAGCUACGUGGGCCGCGAAAUCAGCCCGGCCCAAGAAUGAAAAGACACACACGGGCCGAGUUCAUACCCUUCUAAUUUUACCUGAACCUGUCUAUCUCCCCCGUUUCCGUCUUCUUCAGUUCCUUUCUUUCUCAGGCAAGAAUUUAAAGAAUCGUGAUCAAGUUAUAGAGGGGAUGGAUUUAGUUGUGAUGAACCAGGGCGUAGACGGAAGGAUAUUUGGUAUUUGGUAAAGAAAACUCGGGUUCAAGGGAAGAUAGGUGCAAGCACAGGUGGACGCUAGAGCUACAGGUUCGUUGUUGCAGCUAUCCGGACAUCAGUAUUCAUCCGGAGUUUGAGAAUGAAUACCUGGGGAACUAAGGGUCUGAGGACGGGAGCAGCAGCAGCUAGGGGUAAUCAGAAUCCACCCCAGGCUCCAGCUGAAGGAGUGGCCAUGCCAGUGAACCCAGCUGGGUUGACUGAUGCGGAGGUGAGGGCAUCUCUAGCCCAGAUGGCACAAGCCAUCACGAUGCAGGCUCAAGCUAUGACUGCCCAAGUCAACCGGCAGGAUGUUCUGAGGGAAAACCCACCGGUUCGCAACAUAGCUGACAGACUGCGAGACUUCACGAGGAUGAAUCCUCCAAUUUUCACAGGGGCUAAGACUUCAGAAGAUCCUCAGGAAUUUAUAGACGAGUUGCAUAAGAUACUGGUGGCCAUGGGGGCCACUGAUAUUGAGAAGGCUGAGUUGGCUUCCUACCAGCUCAAAGAUGUUGCACAGACUUGGUGCAAAAUGUGGCGAGAUAGCCGUGUCCUAGGAGGGGUGCCAGUCACUUGGGAGCUGUUCAAGACAGCAUUUUUGGAAAGGUUCUUCCCUAGAGAGAUGAAAGAGGCCAAGGUUGAGGAGUUCAUCAACCUCAAGCAAGGAUCCAUGACUGUCAGGGAGUAUUCCCUGAAGUUUGUGAAGUUAUCAAGGUAUGCUACUCCCUUGGUUUCUACCAGCAGGGAGGAGAUGAGCAGAUUCCUCACAGGAAUCAAUGGAAACCUAGAGGAAGAUUGUCGGGCUGCGAUGCUCCAUGAUAAUAUGGACCUUUCUAGAUUAAUGAUGCAUGUCCAACAGGUAGAGGACAGCCGAAAGAGGAGAGGUGUACGUGAUGUUAGGAGGCCUAGGCCUCAAGAUCAGGCAGGUCCCAGCCAUGGAGGCCACAGAAACAAUUUUGGCGUCCGCGAGCAGCCCAAAUUCAAGAAGGGGCAACAGAGUGCUGGAAAUUCUGACCCUCAGAGAAAUACAACGCCUAGAGGAGGCAGACCCGAACCCAAGAGGGGCAAUGGAGGUGAGAUGCAGCGUCCAAGGAAGACUUGUACUAAGUGUGGCCGAAUGCACCUUGGAGAAUGUAGACAGGGCACUAAUGCCUGUUUCGGUUGUGGUAAGAGUGGACACAUGGUCAUAGACUGUCCCCAGAACAGAGGUCAGGCUGGGGGUAAUGCUCAGCCUAGGCCUACCCCACAUAAUGCAGCAGCAGCCGAACCUCCGAAGAGGAACAGAUUUUAUGCCUUGAAAGGUAGGGAGGAGCAGGAGAAGUCCGCUGAUGUGGUCACAGGCAACUUCAUUUACAGGUCAGCUCCCUCCUGGCUGCCAAGAGUUGUGCCAUUGUUACCGGAUGUCAAUUAAUCAUAUGUCUACCAUGUGGCUCCAACGCGGUAUUCGAUUAGGCACACAUUGGCUUAAGAACUUCGUGUUCGAUAAUAAAUGGCUAAAGUGCAAAUUAAGGCGUAUAAUGGAAGAAGGUGAUAUGAUUAAUAAAUGGUUAUGCACGAGUGGCUUGUUCUUCUAAUGUUCCCUGCCAUCCACAGCAUAAUAAAGUGAGGUAGACCCUUAUACAACACGUUUUAAUUAAUGCUCAGUUGAUGAUUAUUUGCACCAAAAAAUUCUAAUUUCCCCCUAAUUAUUGUUUUAGUUAGAAAUAAACAAGUCUCAGAGGUUACUAGUGGAGGAUAUACAAUGCUAAAGGUUGGCAUAAUUAGUGUUAAAAGAAAGGUUGAUAAUGGUUUAAUUGUUGUAUCAUGCAGAAAGAUUAUGGAUAAAUACCCCUUUUAAAAAAUGCCAAUAAAGAGGGAGACGAAUCUUGAGAUUUUACAAAUCAAAAAAGGAGAUGAGAGGAUAAUAACGAAUAUAAUUUAGUUUAGUGUGCACGUUGGGUUGAUACUUAUUUCCUCCAUGUUUUCUACCAAGAGAAUCUCCAAAUUAUAAUGCUUAUAAUUAUUGGUUCCAUCAUAAAAUCACUUUUUCACCUUUUCAGGA